AAGAGAAAAGAGAUUUUUAUUAGGUUUCCGGUUCGAUCUCUCUGCGCUUUUGACUUUGUCUCUUCCUCGGUGGAUUUCUUCCGCCGUCGAUCCUCUGCGAACUAAGAUCACUCGGUCUUCGCUUUCUCCGUCUCCGACUCGACGUCUCGACCUGUUCCAUAUGCUUCUAAACCCUAAUCCUUCCGGGUUGUACCCAUCAAAUAUGGGUUAUUAUAGGCAGAAUAUCAAGAAAGAAAAAGAAAAUGGAGAACACCUACAUGAAAAUAGGGCCAUUUGUUUGCAUGCUUUCUCUGAUUUGUCACAUAUUUGCCCAGCAACAUUUGUAUACUUGCUAAAGGAGUGUUAUGUAUGUGGUACAUGUAAAGCAACCCCCAAGUUCCGAGUACUUCAGCAGCAAGUAUCACGAGCAUUGCAUAAUGCUCCUCAACCAGGCCCAUUUACUUUUCUUAUUCAUUGUCUUUAUGUGGUACCUUUAUUGGGACAUCAGUACACUGAGGGAUUCAGUCAUAUGCUGCUAUCUUCUCUUCGGCACUGUAAAUCCCAGAAUUUCAGUCCAGAUGACUUUUACAGAGCAAAGCCCCUUGCCCUACAACUAAUUCUUGAUAUUCUUGCCUGUGUUGUUGGUCAUGAGGAACGUAUUUUAAUUAAGUUACUGGAAGCAUUUGAUGUCAAUUUGGAAGAUAUUGGUGAUGCUAUAGGUUGUUUUGACAUGACAAAAGGGCGUUUAGACAGAGUGAAGGCAUACAUUGAGCAAUAUGUUAUUGAUUUUAUUGAAUCACAAUCUUAUAUGACUGCUGUAACACUGUUAGAGAGAUUUUCUAUCCAACUAUCUGGGGAGUCCUUGCUUCUAAAGAUGAUUGAGAGCAACCAAUAUAAAGCAGCAGAAAAGUGGGCUACUUUUAUGGGAAAGCCUCUUAUAUGUUUGCUUGUUCAGAAGUAUCUGGAUAUGAAGAUGCUGAAAAAUGCUUAUGACAUAAUAAAGAGAAACAAUCUUAUGGAGGAAUUUCCAGAUGUGUAUCAUAUGUACAAAGAGAGCUUAUUGAAAAAGCUGGCGGAGAAAGGAUUGUGGGAUCUCGCAGAACUGAAAACAAACAAGGAUCAGCAUCUUGUUGAGUACCUUGUAUACCUAGCUAUGGAAGCUGGCUAUAGUGAAAAGGUUGAUGAACUUUGCGAGCGUUAUUGCCUUGAAGGUUUUUCAAAGGUUUCAGUCACUGAUGAAACUUCUUCAAGACCUCGUUACUUGGAUCUUAAGAACUUUAUUUUGGAUGAUAUCGUAUGGGUUGAUGAGGUUAAUAGACUAUUAACUGCUACCGAGUAUAUUGAAGGUUGUAAAAUUGUUGGAAUAGAUUGUGAAUGGAAGCCUAAUUAUGAAAAAGGGAGCAAACUAAACAAGGUAUCCAUUAUGCAGAUCGCAUCAGAGAAUCAUGCCUUCAUCUUUGAUUUGAUAAAGUUAUAUGAGGAUGAACCAAAAGCAUUAGACUCUUGCCUUAGACGCAUUUUAUGUUCCUCUAACACCCUAAAACUUGGAUAUAACUUGCAAUGUGACCUUCAUCAAUUGUCCCAUUCCUAUGGAGAUCUGGAGUGUUUCAGAUCCUACGAAAUGCUUCUUGACAUUCAGAAAUUGUUCAAGGAGCGCAAUGGAGGUCUCUCUGGGUUGGCUGAGAAAAUUUUAGGAGCAGGUCUGAACAAGACCCGACGAAAUAGCAACUGGGAACAGAGACCUUUAAGUCAGAAUCAGAUCGAGUACGCUGCUCUGGAUGCUGCUGUCCUUGUUCACAUUUUCCAUCAUGUGCGCGAUCAGCCUCAAUCUGGUGACAAAGAGGAGCAUUGCAAGGUCGAAUGGAAAUCUCACAUAGUUUCACGAAUGAACAACAUGAGACGCAUGAAUGGAUCAUGAGACGAAUUUUGGCUACGAUCACAGCUUCACUGGCGGUACAUUACAAUCACGGCUUCACUGGCAGUUCAUUUCGGUAUAUCUUUCUUCCCUCGGGCUCCUUUUGGAGAAGCCUAUUUAUAUAGAAGCGUCAUCAAAGACCAUGAAUGAACUUGUGCAAUUGUUAAUGGUCACCCAUGUAAAUACUUUCUUCAAAUGUAUAUGAGCAAGUUUUAGUUAAUAA